ACGCUGCGACUCGCGCAGGGUUGAGGGCAGAUCCAAGAUGGCGGCAGCGGCGGGGCUACUCAGGGGCUUGGUGCGGUGUUCGCGGCAGGUGGGAGCGGGGCGGUUUCCUGGACUUCCACGGAGGGGAUUCCACGGCUCUGUGCCUGCCGCUGCUCAGGUGACUGUCCGUGAUGCUUUAAACCAGGCCUUGGAUGAGGAGCUAGAGAGGGAUGAGAAAGUUUUCCUGCUGGGAGAGGAAGUUGCACAGUAUGAUGGUGCAUACAAGAUUAGCAGAGGACUUUGGAAGAAAUAUGGCGAUAAGAGGGUCAUAGAUACUCCUAUAUCAGAGAUGGGUUUUACUGGAAUCGCUGUAGGUGCUGCCAUGGCUGGCUUGAGACCCGUGUGUGAAUUCAUGACUUUCAACUUCUCCAUGCAAGCUAUUGAUCACAUUAUAAAUUCAGCUGCUAAAACCUACUACAUGUCUUCAGGUUUGGUAACUGUCCCCAUUGUCUUCAGGGGCCCAAACGGAGCAUCAGCAGGAGUAGCGGCCCAGCAUUCCCAGUGUUUUGCAUCCUGGUAUGGGCACUGCCCUGGACUGAAAGUAGUCAGUCCUUGGAGCGCAGAGGAUGCAAAAGGUCUCCUUAAAGCAUCAAUCCGGGAUAAUAAUCCAGUUGUAAUGUUGGAAAAUGAAUUGAUGUAUGGUGUGCCCUUUGAAUUGUCGGAGGAAGUCCUGUCAAAAGACUUCAUUGUUCCUAUCGGCAAGGCUAAGAUAGAAAGGCAAGGAACCCACAUUACCAUAGUGUCUCAUUCACGACCUGUUGGCCACUGUCUAGAAGCAGCUGCUGUCCUUGCUAAAGAUGGAGUGGAGUGUGAGGUGAUAAACCUUCGUACCAUUAGGCCAAUGGAUAUUGAAACUAUCGAAUCCAGUAUUAUGAAGACAAAUAAUCUUGUAACAGUGGAAGGGGGCUGGCCCCAGUUUGGAGUAGGAGCUGAACUAUGUGCCAGAAUUAUGGAAGGUCCUGCUUUCAACCACCUAGAUGCACCUGUUGUGCGUGUCACAGGUGCCGAUGUCCCUAUGCCUUAUGCAAAGCUUUUGGAGGAGAACUGCAUACCUCAAGUAAAAGAUAUAAUACUUGCUGUGAAGAAAACACUAAAUAUCUAGUUUUGUGUGUAUGGAUGCUGUUCUUUUGGAGUUCUACUCUUUAAAAAUAUUUAUGGAAUGUAUUGCAAGCAAUUGUAUAUAUAGCUGGCCUUGUAUCACACAUAAGCCUCUGAGCAGGAGAAGAACAAUAGAGACAUUAUCUGUUACAAGGCAUAUACUGCCUCCCAACCCUUUUAAGCCAUCAACAGCCUAAAUUGUAAUAAUUGUAAUUAUCUGAAGAACUCUUAUUGUAAGAUGAAGUGUUCCAUUUAUCAUUGUACAUAAGAUCAGGCUUACUCUGGUUAGUAGCUCUAGUGUAUGAGAAGCAGUUUGUACUUAUUCUGUAACUUGAGGAGCUGGAAAUAAAGGACAUGAACAGGAAAAGGAAGAAAAUGUCUAUCUGAUGAAAAAUAGUCUAAAAUGGAAAUAGCCGGUGGGAAACAGCUUAAGCUUUUGAUACAGACUGAAUUCUAAUUAUCUUAUUUCAGAAAUUAGUUCAGAUGUAUUUUAGACUAGCUAUGCUGAAGAAGCUGCAAAGUAUCUGUAUGCAUAAAUCAUUUAGAUAAAUGGAAUUUCAGAGCAGCAAAACAUUUUUUCAGCAUGGUGGAUGGUGCUAUUACUAUUCAGCUGUAUUCCCUUCUACCAUUAUUGAAAUUCCAUUAACAUUUAUUAAUAAAAAUAUGACUGAAUAUAUAUCAUAGGUUACAUGAAACUUUAUACACAUGGACAUUCUCUGCAUUGUAACAAACACUGAUGUAUACUCAACUUUAAAAAUUGAUUGCUAAUAAUCCUUUAAAGUGCAAUUUAAGGGUUUCAGCAAAUCAGAAAAGGACAUAUUUUUACUAACAUUAUGUAGCUCUUUUUCAUUAACACCCACUUCAAUAAUCAUUUGACACUGCGGUAGAUUUGCUUUGAUGGAAAACAUCCUGGAACUCCUGCUCAAGGAUAAGAUAACUUAUUACCAAACUAGCCCCAAGGCUAGUGACUUGCUGAAUUGUAUUCUACUCCUUUAAAGCAGGUCUUUCAACAGUAUUAGAAUAAACAAGAGAGGAGGAGAAGAAAGGGAGAGAGCAAGCCUUAAAUCUCCCAGACUAAGUGAAUUUUUAGCAUAGCUAAAGCUAGUGCAUCAAAUCUGACUGCACCACAUUUUAGACUUUCAGAAGCAAGUCUCAGGAAAUGAACUGCCAUUGUUGAACUAUUUUUUUUAUUCUAGUAGAAAUACAACAUCCCCAAAACAAGAUCCCCUAAAAGAAUAAGAGUUCCUUUAAACUGGAACUGACAUUUCACCCUUCAAAAUGAGAGAGCAAUUCAACAUAGUACUGCUAUUCAAUUAAGAGAUUGCAGGGGGGGGGAGCUUGAAAUGGCUCUAAACAGGCAGCUAUAAAACAAGACAUCACCAGGUGGUGACUAAAUCAAACAGUUGUUUAAGAUUUGUUCCUAGAACACAAAAAUAUCCAAGCUGCAUUGGUGUAAACAGUUUCAGCUGAUUCUAGGAGCACUGUAGUCACAGGUUUCUGUCUUCUUCAGAGCUCCUUUCUGGAAACUCUGAAUGGAACUGAGUAAGGCGCCCCGGCUUGUGCUGUUAACAGGCAGCACAUCAGGCUGUGUUGGCACAUCCAAAUUAGGAGGAGGAGGGGGAGCUGCUGGUGGUGGUGGCGGCGGCGGAGGAGGAAUUGUUGAGGCGCCUGCUGCAAAGAAGAUAUGCAUAGUUAAGAGGUGAACCUCACUAAAAUAUGCUACCAGGCAAAAUGACAAUGACUUUUUCUGCUAAAGCUGCCAAAUGUUCAAAAGAAAAGAAUAAGGCAGAAAGACAUGCAACAACAAAAAGCCAAGAUGAUUACAGAUUUUUUUCCUUUUAUUAAAAGAGUCAGGAAUACAGGCAUACUGAAGAAGGAUGAGAGCAGUUUUUUUAAAAAGGCAGGAAGGGUAAGUCAGUCACACUAAGAUACUCUGUAUAGUCUUGUGGGCUAGUAAAAGCUGGAGGAGGAAAACAUUUUCACUCCAGGUCCAGUCCUUAAGCAUAAGAGCAGGGCUGCCGGCUGGUUAUAUGUUAGCUACAUCCCAUACAGCUUGUGGGGUGCAGCCACAUGGGAAUAGAUGGUGGCAAUGACUCGGAACUGAACCAGCUUGUUCAAAGCAGACAUUAACCUUUUAAACUUAUUUCUAGACACCCAGUACGGUAGUGUUGCGUGGGACAUCCACCUCACAAACUGACCACCUGAACCAGUCACACACAAUGCAGCCCAGUCUGCUUAAAAUUUAUAUGAAUACUGGGUGAAAGGCUGGUACCAAUUUUUCAUGUAUGGCUAAACUAAGCACUUUACACCAAAUCUUUCCUACAUAGGUGUUGGGACCAUAUUCAAAUUACACACAUUGGGCGUUGGUUCACAAUGUGAAACACACAAAAUGAUGUUAGGCAUUUCCCCCUACAUAAAAGCAAGAAACUCACUGGUGAAGCAGCUCCCCCUCCCCCCCAAUAAAACAAGCAGAGGGAUGACAACUUGAGAAUUAGUUCAUGCAGGAUAAGAGAAACACGCAAUUUAACAGCGUGCCAUAGCAGAGCUAAGAGACUUUCAUGGCUACACUUCUCUCUUUGUAAAAGGGGACUUACGUUAUCCAUACAUUAGUGCAGUGUUUCUCAACAGUGUGCCUCCAGAUGUUGUUGGACCACAACUCCCAUCAGCCUCAGCCAGCAUUGCCAAUGGUCAGGAAAGAUGGGAAUUGUGGUCCAACAACAUCUGGAGGCACACCGGUUGAGAAACACUGCAUUAGUGACUGCUGAAACAGCAUCUGAUAUUAAGACAGCUAAUUUCUGUUUUCAGUUUCAAUCUAAACUGAAGAUGCACCUUUUCAAAAAAGAUACUUUGGGGUAGGUACUAGGACAGCAGCAGAUGCAGAGUGGCACUCUGGGAAGAAGAGCAGAAUUAAAAACAGCAACACAUACUUCUGACAUACCAACAGUAGUACCUACUCAGGACUUCACUACUGUGUUAGAGGAAGCCUUGAAAGCCAAAGUUCACUGGAACCAUCAGCUUGGAACUAUGGAGCAAGCCUAUAUGGGAGGAUUGAGGAACCUGUGGCCCUCCAUAUGUUGUUCCCAUCAUCCUGGACCAUUGGACGUGCCGGCUGGGGCUGAUGGAAAUUGGAGUCCAUCAACAUCUGGCGGGCCACAGGUUUCCCACCAAUGCAUACAGUGUUGAACAACAAAAGAUUCCAUGUGGGGUUGCUCUCCAGCAGUUGUGGGUACCCCCAGUGCUGAAAUAAUGAGAAGAAGCCAUUUGUGGAAGACUAGUUUUUUAUCUACAGUUUAUUAUGGUUUUCACAUUAUUGCAAUAUAACAGUACAGUCCCUUAUUAAGUCUAGAAUUAAAUAAAGCCUGAUGUUAAGUGUUUUGAUGACUUUUUAUGGUAAUCAAAGUAGGCCAGAGGUAGACAGAGCAUUCUGCCAGCUAACAUCCUCUCUCUGAGCAGCUAGCCUCCAGGCAAGUCACCACACAGUGGCUGAAUUGUGUGGCAACGGCAAGGCCUUAGCAGGUUGGAGGCAGCCUGCAAGCCAUAAGCUGCCUGUCUUUGCACAACAUCUAUUAACCACAGCGACUCAGAGUUACUUGCACCACAGUAGCCCCAAAACACAACCCAAAUCUUGCCUAAGUGCUGGCAGAGCUAUUGCUAUCAUUACAAGCAUGGAGCAACAGUGCUGUACUCAAGUCCUUAUCCCACAGCUGUGAUAGGUUCUUUCAUCCUCCCACUCCUUUCAGGAGACGAAAGCCAACCUGACAAUUUCUACCUCAUGUCAUAACAGGUUAAAACCAGAUAAACCGAAUUUGACCACCAUCUUAACUUGGCUCCCUUGGGAAGGAGGGCAGGAUAUAAAUUCCAUAAAUAAAUAACUUGGAUGAACAUAUAUAUGGUAAUAAGAGACCUGGCUUCAAAUCUUUCUAGAACGAUGCCUUUGAAACACUUACUCCAUCCGUGUACUGUGGGAGUGGGGGGAGAGAUGAAAACCAAAGACAGCUGCAGAAAAGAAAGGGCACUACAUGGCACAUAAUGCAUGAAGGAUGACAAAGGCAGAACAUGGGGGAAAAACAGCAGCAUGCCACCUACCAAGCAUGAUCAAGUAGACAUCCUAAACAAGCACAUAGAGGUUUGUAUUUCAACCCUCCCCAAAACAUCCAGGCAUGGCGGGUUAUCAAGACAAGUAAAAGUGAACCAGCCAGCCAUGUGGAAUAAGGAAGGUAGGAAAGGCUAAAUACAAAGAGAAAAAUGCACCAACAAGAAAAAGUAACGGAAGAUUCAAAAUUAGCUGCUAGGAGCAAAAGAUCAAAAGCAAAAUUUUGGAGUUCAGUGCCAAGGUACACUGGCUAUAAUCCAAGUGAUAGAGCAAAAUACCAACAAUCCAAUGAAAUGUAGCUUUCUGCACUUAAAAAUAUACGUAAUCACCACCCUCAGUUACUAGAAAUAAUAUUUGGGUUUUUACACUGGGGAGGUUGCUUCACUGAGCAUAAUUUGUUCCAUCCUUUUCCAGUUACAGACUAUCCUUGAAUGGUCUUUUCAGAUGCCAGAUAAAUAAAAUGGGGGGGGGUAGGCAAACAUGUCCUCUUGCUGGUGUACCUGUUGCAAAUAAAAAACUUCAAAUUCUUGUUCCUGGA